AUGUCGUUUAAACAUGCAACUUUAAGCAGCCAAUUUUUAUCAAAUAAUCGAUCUUUCAAUUCGAAAUUAUGUUCUAAAAAAGCACAUACUUCGUCUUUUAGUUUAAACAAAACGGAAUUGAUCAAGAAAGGUUAUAAUGUAAUCUCGGUGGAUUAUGAAAAUGUGGCUAAAUUUCCUUGCUAUCUUCAAGCAGUAGAAAAUUCUAAAACCAUUGCAAGAUGUUUAGCUGAUUUUAUCGAAACAUUAUCAACAAUAAAAAUUAAAAAUAAAAGUUUCUCUGUUGAAGAUAUUCAUUUAAUCGGUUUUAGUUUGGGUGGGCAAAUCGCUGGAAAAACUGGAGCUUACUUAAAAGCAUCCGGAAAAAUGCUUUCAAGAAUUACAGGAUUAGACGUUGCGGGUCCUUUAUUUUACGGCCCAACAACCUAUUUAAAUAAAAAUUGUGCUAAAUUCGUCGAUUGUAUCCACACUUGUUCAGGUAGAUUGGGAAAAUUAUUUCCAAUCGGACACGUUGAUUUCUACGUUAAUAGUUUAAUUCAUCAAAAUGGUUGUGAUUUUUGGAAUUUUUCUUGUGAUCAUGGUCGAGCUCCCGAAUUAUACGCAGAAUCAAUUGAUAGCGAAGUUGGGUUUUAUGGUGUGAAUUUCUCUGGAGAUUUUGAAUUAAUAGGACAUAAUACAUCAACUAAGUAA